AUGGACAAGGUUCAAAGUUCUUUCACUUUUUUAUUUUUGUUUUUAAUAGAAUGCCCUCUUCAUUUAUGCUUGCCUUAUGCAGAUAGGUUCUAUCGAGUUGGAAUAAUAACACGCUCAUCAGGUGAUAAACAGUCACAAACACCCAUGAAAGUCAUCACACAGCCCAACGUGCCCUUUGGUGAAACUCCAUUAGCUGAGAUUCAAAGGACUUUCUCAAGACCCAGAGAAAUAAUUCCACAUAGACCUGCUCUUUCUCAAGUCAUUUUAAUUGCAUGUAUAGCUUUCAGCAUUGCCCUGAUAUGUGGGAUCACAAUCUCCUAUCUGAUAUAUAGACUGGUACAGGCUGAGGAACGGCAACAACUUGAGUCACUUUAUAAAAACAUCCCGAUACCAUUACCCAAAGAUGCAGAGAGGGGCUCCGAGGAAGACGGCCAGGAUGAGUCCACUCACCUGCUUCCAGAGAAUGAGAUGGGACUGGAAAAGUUCAUUCAUUCAGUUAUUAGAUCAAAAAGAAAGAAAAAUCUUGAAAAGAAGAAAUUAAGGGAACAGCAAAAGUUAGUAGAGAAAAAUAAAACCAAGAGUGCUAUGUACAAUUAA